AUGAUGAGCUCUUAUUUCCAAUCCACUUACAACUCGGGCAGAAUCGCCCAAACGUAUCUACUAGCGUCGAAGGUCAAGGCCAAGCUCACACAAGAGGCAGUUCGAAACGACGUCGAUCUACAUCGUUUGGUGUGCCAAGCAAACUUACUAGAUAACUUGAUUGAGAACUUGAACCAUCACGAGUCAAGCUACAAUAGCAAUACUAGCAGUAACCCAGGCAAAACUAACGUCUGCUACGACUCCAUAAACUCGAACUCCUACCCUCUUCUCAACAACGUCACAGUCCAGGUUAACGACGUAGACUACGUUGUUGAUGGCGAUGCGGAUAGUGGUGAAGAGGAUGACGAGGUCGAUGAAAACGAAAUAAAGAUAGAAAGAGCCCCAUGCUCAGACGUGUACUACACGUCGGAUGACUCAGACUUCGACUCCGAUGACGACUCAGACUCUUCUUUCAACAGUGACACCUUUGGUGGGAAGAGCUCUGACCCGAACGAGCUGUGCUGCAUAGCACUGCAAAGACUGAAUCUCCACGGCGGUGUCGAAGAUGGUCUUGGCGAGGAUGACGACGAUUUGGAAAAUCAAGCAACCUGCUCGUCUGUCACUGCUACCAUCACACUCUCCGGAUCCGAUUCCGAUUCCGAAUCUAAUUCUGAAACGGAAAGCGACACCGAAUACGAAAACGAAAAUGAAAACGACUCAAGAGAUCACGGAUCGUUCUCAAAUAAUUAUUGUGCAUUGAUGAGAAUGCAUUCCCAGCAUACUUCUUUGAACUUGAACGACUAUGUCGCGUCCUUGGAAGCUGACACAUCUGUCGAAGAGACAGAUGCCUGUACUAACAUUCCGCAUAAUUCAAGCUUGGAUGAGAUGACUCGUGAAGAAGACUUGCCUUCAUUAUCCAACUGUUCUUCGUUUUCUUCAAUGGAAGAAAUCGGCCAACCAAACCAAAAUAUUGUCAGAUUGGACUGCUUAGACUCAAUCAAACACCAACACGAUACAGAUUCCCCUUCAUUGUAUUUAACUCAAAGCCAGGAUGUUUUCCUUCUAUAA